CUUACAUACGGGGCAUGCCGCAAGUGUACCCCUGGCACGAGUAAUCGACCCAUAAGAUGUAUUUUGUUGAAAGUCCCAACAGAAACGCCCAGCAUUAAUUCUGAAUAUUUCCCCUAAGUUUGUACAAGAACUGCUCUCACUACCAGCUUUUGCGUUUUCUUUCCUCCCACUCUUCCUCUGCUUCAAUUCUUCUGCCUCCAAGGAGCACAUUCACACGCUCUUGAUUGAAUAUGGCUUCUCCAACCCAACCCAGGUCAAGUAAAGGCCAAAAACAACCACACAUAUCAGAGCAGCCUGUUACGCUGUCGAAUUGGUACCGGCACAUCGAUUGGGUCAACGUCACUUUCGUUGCUGUGAUCCCGUUCUUUGGUCUCAUUGCCGCUUGCUCCGCCCCUUUGCAAUGGAAGACGGCUGUCUGGACUCUUAUUUAUUACUUUCUAACCGGACUUGGAAUCACUGCUGGCUACCACAGACUCUGGUCCCACACCUCCUAUAACGCCACGCUCCCCAUCCAACUCGGCCUCGCAGCCCUCGGCGGCGGCGCCAUCCAAGGUUCGAUCAGAUGGUGGUCGCGCAAUCACCGCGCCCACCACCGCUACACCGACACGCUUAAAGAUCCCUACUCGGUUCAAAAAGGAAUCCUCUACUCACACAUGGGCUGGAUGGUCCUCAAGCAAGACCCGAAAUCCAUCGGCCGCGUCGACAUCACGGACCUGAACCACGACCCCGUAGUCAUGUUCCAGCACCGCCACUUCGUGUCCGUUGCGCUGGGCAUGGCGUUCCUGUUCCCUUGCCUCGUUGCUGGGCUCGGCUGGGGAGACUGGAAAGGUGGAUUGAUCUACGCUGGCAUCCUGCGCCUUUUUGUGGUACAGCAAGCUACGUUCUGCGUUAAUUCCCUCGCGCAUUGGAUUGGCGACCAACCUUUCGACGACCGAAAUUCGCCUAGAGACCACGUCUUAACUGCUCUGGUUACUCUUGGAGAAGGAUAUCAUAACUUCCACCACGAGUUCCCUGCUGAUUACAGGAAUGCGAUUGAAUGGCAUCAAUACGAUCCUACCAAAUGGUGCAUUUGGCUCUGGAAACAGGUCGGCUUAGCAUCUAACUUGAAGACGUGUCGGCGUUCCAUCAUUGAGAAGGGACGCGUGCAGCAGAUGCAGAAGAAGUUGGACCAGGAACGCGCGAAGCUUGAUUGGGGGAUCCCGCUUGAGGAUCUUCCGCUAGUGGAAUGGGAUGGUUUUGUGCAGAGGGCCAAAGAUGGUGAGAAGUUGGUGGCGAUUGGAGGCGUGGUUCAUGAUGUGACGGUGUUUAUUAAAGAUCAUCCGGGAGGAAAGAGUCUGAUUUUGGGGAGUGUGGGGAAGGAUGCUACGGGCAUGUUUAAUGGCGGUGUUUAUUUGCAUUCGAAUGCGGCGCAUAAUUUGUUGGGCACGAUGCGGAUUGGGGUGCUGAGGGGUGGGGUGGAGGUUGAGAGUUGGAAAAGGAGACCGGUGAAGGAUGAGGUUAUUAGUAGUACUUUGUCAUAUGCUGGUUGAGAAAAAAUGUAUUUGGAUUUCGGUUAGGGAGGUGUUCUAUUUGCAAGAGCUUGUUUUUUGGGGGGUGUUCGGGGGAGGGAGGAGUGCAGCGUUGAUUCUCGCUCAUGGUUUCGCUAGUACAAAUAGAUGGAUAUAAAUAGCCAGACUGGAAAAUCUACCCCUCCUGUAUCUUGGGUUCAGUUCGGCUCUUUUAUUUUCAUUUUCGCGCGUGGCAGGGCUUCAAGAGCUACAGUGAGCAAUGCUGGACUGAGCAAGAGAGAAGCGGGGGUAGGAAGUAUACUCGUGGAUACGAGGGUGAAUAAAUGUGUGUCAAUUCACUUCCCUCUCAAGUCUACUAAAAGAGGAGAUUCGUAGAAGGAUUAUAAGAAAUAUUCACUAGAUUAGUCUAAUCCUUGGCCUAAGACAGAGGUGCGAUAUGCAACAGAAAAA